UUGUUCCUUCCCUUUCUGUUUCUGAUAUUUUCUCUCUCUCUCUCUCUCUCUCUACCUUCUCUUUGACCCUUUAAUUUAUUCAUUUCCAUAGGAAAUAGUGAAGUAAUCAUAUCCCAUUAUGCAAUUCCAGCUAGUGAAACCGAGAUUGCAUAAGAGCAGAGAAUACAGCGUAGACAACGUUAAUCUGAACAUGAAAUUCACGGCUUCUUUCUUUCGCUGUUUCCAACCCUCCUCGGCUACGCUGGCAGGCGAUGCUAUUGAGGAAGAAGAAGAAGAAAGAUAUGAUGAUUCUAUCAACAUGAAUUCUGGAACAGAUGGUCGAGCUAUUACAAAUCCCAGUUUUCGUGUUUUCUCUUACGAUGAACUGAAAGCCGCCACUCGGGGAUUCAAGAACAAGAUUGGAGAGGGUGGAUUUGGUUCUGUUUAUAAGGGACGGCUUGUCGGAAACAAUUUUAUAGCAGUCAAGGUUCUAUCAAUUGAACUGGAAACCAUGCGUGGGGAGAGGGACUUCAUAUCUGAGAUAGUAGCAUUGUCUGAUAUCAAGCAUGAAAAUCUGGUUACUCUUAAAGGGUGUUGUAUAGAUGGAGCUCAAAGGCUUCUGGUCUACGAUUACAUGGAAAACAACAGCAUCAGCCAUACCUUUCUCGGGGCGGAGCAGAACAGGGUGAAAUUUACAUGGCCACUGAGAAAACAUGUCUCGUUAGGCAUUGCUAGGGGACUUUGUUACCUCCACGAAGAAAUCAACCCUCACAUUGUGCAUCGGGAUAUUAAGGCCAGCAACAUACUUCUUGAUCAGAAUUUCACACCAAAACUCGCGGACUUUGGCCUCGCUAAACUGUUCAGAGACAACACCUCUUACAUUAGUACUCGUGUCGCUGGGACAUUAGGCUAUCUCUCUCCAGAAUACGCCUAUAGUGGUCAUCUUACCCGAAAAUCAGAUGUCUAUAGCUUUGGUGUACUUCUGCUGCAAAUAGUCAGCGGGCAGCCUGUUGUUGGUUACAACCUGAAAUAUGGAGAACACUUCCUCGUAGAGAAGGCAUGGGAGCUUUACAAUACAAAGAACCUGCUGGAGCUGGUGGAUUCUGCUUUAAAGGGGGAAUUCCCACAGGAAGAAGCUGUUCGGUUCUUGAAAGUUGGGCUGCUUUGUGUGCAAGAAACCACCAGACUCCGGCCUGCAAUGUCUGAAGCCAUAAAGAUGUUAUCCAAUGAUAUAGAUAUAGAAGAUAUUGAUAUAUCCCGGCCUGGACUUGUUGCUGAUCUGAUGGAAGUUAAAAUACGACAAAAGCAUUCACCAAAUUUUACGUCUUCCCCAGCAUCCAGCACUACAGGUAGUUUCCAAGCACGAUAACACAUGGCAGGCUUAGGGCCAGGGUUUGCGGCGAAGAAACCGUAAGGAUGCAGACAGAUUUCCAGAUGUCGAUAUAAGGCUUUCAACUAUAAGUAGUGAAAUUUGAAGCAAAUGAUCCGUUGUACAAACACAGAUAUUUUGUGAAGUAGAAGUAUGUGUUGCAACAAUUUUUUCAGACAGCCGGUUUAUCAUUGCUGGUAGGGGAUGAGAACAAGGUUAGAAGAAGAUAGGGAAGAAAAAGAAUCAAUAUGUCUUCAGACUUCCACCAAAAGAGGUGGUCGAUCAUAAAACCUGCCAUGUUGUCACAAGAUCA